CAAUUCCUUAGAGAAGUGAAAGUUUACAGGAGGAAGGAAGCCAGUCGUCCCUGCUAUCUGUGCUGUAUAAAAGCCAGAGGCUGCACCAGAGCCUGGCACUCCUCAGAGCACCACUGCCUUACCCAACUGCACCCUGCUCUUAGCACCAGAAGGCCACCAGAAUGGCAAGGAUGCUGGCUCUUACUCUGCUGCUGUUGCUGCUCUCCCUAGACAGCAUCCAGACCUUGAGAAUCUGUUCCUUCAAUGUGAGGUCCUUUGGGGAGGCGAAGAGGGAGAAUUCCAGAGCUAUGGAUGUUAUAGCAAAGAUCAUCAAACGCUGUGACAUCAUGCUCCUGAUGGAAAUCAAGGACUCUCGCAACACCAUUUGUCCCACCUUGAUGAAAAUGCUGAAUGGGAAAUCCCGAAGAAACACGAAAGACUACAACUAUAUAAUUAGCAGCCGGCUGGGAAGAAAUGCCUACAAGGAACAAUAUGCUUUUGUCUAUAGGGAAAGUGUGGUAUCUGUGAAGAAAAGCUAUCACUAUCAUGACACCCAGAAUGGAGAUGAAGACGUCUUUUCCCGAGAGCCAUUUGUGGUCUGGUUCUACUCUCCUCAAACUGCUGUCACAGAUUUCGUGAUCAUCCCUCUACACACAACACCUGAAACUUCUGUUCGGGAAAUCGAUGAGCUCUUUGACGUCUACAUGGAUGUAAAACGUCGAUGGAAGCCUGAGAACUUCGUCUUCAUGGGAGAUUUCAAUGCUGGCUGUAGUUAUGUCUCAAAGAAGUCCUGGAAGGAAAUCCGACUUAGAACGGACCCCAGGUUUGUCUGGCUGAUUGGUGAUAAUGUGGACACAACAGUAAAGGGAAGCACAAAGUGUGCCUACGAUAGGAUCGUGCUCCAAGGCCAGAAGAUAAAUAGUUCUGUUGUUCCAGAUUCGGCCGACAUCUUUGAUUUCCAGAAGGCCUACAGGCUGACUGAAGAGGAGGCUCUGGAUAUCAGUGAUCACUUUCCUGUGGAAUUCAGACUGCAGUCUGGCGGGAGCAUCACCAAUCUUGUCAGAUCAGUUGCCCCAAAAAAGAGAGGGAGGAAAAAGUCACAGCGUUCCUAGAAGCAUGAGCUGAUCUUUAACAACUCCCUCCUUUUAGUUUCUUUUUUUAAUAACAAAAACAACCCAAGUACCCAUAGUUCUGGGUGCCAUAGCAACCUCCCACACCAUCGAUACCAGCUUGACCAUAUUCCAUCAAGGGAAAAGGGAGCUGGAUUUGGAGCCAAAAGGACUUGGAUUAAAGUCCCAGCUCUGAGUCUUUUCACCUGUGUGACCUUGGGCAAGUCACUAGACCUGUCCUCAGUUUCCUCCUCUGUACAAUGAGAGAGUUGUACUAACAUGACAUCUGAGAUCCAUUCUAGCUCUAGAUCUACAAACCUAUGAAUAGUGCAAAAGUAUUCAUACCCUCUGACCCAGCCCACCAUUUGAUAUAUACCUUCAAGAAAGUAAAAGACAAAAACAAACCAAACAAAACACCAAAAUAUUACAGCAGUAAUUUUUUUUAUGGCAGCAAAUAACUGGAAACAAAAUAGCUGCCCUUCGGUUGAGGAAUGGCUGAACAAACUGCGGUUAAGUCAAUGCAAUGGAAUAUUAUUUAGUACAAAAUGACAGAUGCAAUCAAUUCAGAAUAACAUGGGAAGAUUUGUCUGAACUAAUGCAAAGUGAAGUAAGGAGCUGCAAAAACCAGCUGAUGACAACAGUGUUAAAGAAAAGAUCGCCAAAAGGAUGACAAAUUUUUGAGUAACUGAAAAACCAAUAAUGGUCCUGGAGGCCAGACAACAAAAUAUGUUUACUUCUCUCAUCAGAAAUGAGGGUAUUUAAGGGCUGAAUGUUUCCCACAUUGUAAGAGGAGGUCAUCAUAUCGGUUGUUUUGCUCAACUCAUUUUUUUUGUUCAUUCAAUUCAUUUUAAUAAGCAUUUCUAUGUGCCAGGCCAUGUGCUAUAUUCUGGGGAUGUGAAAUCAAAACGAAGCCAUCCCUACCCUACAUUCAGCUCAUAUUCUUUGUCACAAGGGAGGGUUAGAUUGGGGUUGGGAUUGGGGAUGAUGGUCAGGAGGACUAAGAAGAUAAAGGUAUAUCCAGCAAUGAUUGUGAUUUAGAAACUAAAGGCAUUAAAUAAAACAUGUUAUAUUUUUCAAAUAAAA